AUGGAUCAAGACGUGGAGGAAGCUGCAGGUCACAGUAAGACACUCAGACCAGAGUCUGCACUACACAGCGGUGUGACCAUGAAGAAUGACCAGGACGUGGAUGAUCCUGUAAACAUGAGCAGCACAUCAACACAGACCAAUGCAGGGAGAUUCCUCUUUUCCUCUGCUGUCACAUCAACACCUACCAUGUCUAUAUUCACAUUGACUGAUGAAGUCCUAAGGAGAGUUAUAGAGAAGCAUAAAGCCAGUCUGAAGAGGAGGUUUGAGAACAUAUCUGAAGGUAUCAUCAAAUCAGGAGCUGAGACACUCCUCAAUAAGAUCUAUACAGAGCUCUACAUUACAGAGGGAGAGAGUGAAGGGGUGAAUAAGGAACAUGAGGUUUGGCAGGUAGAAUCAGCAUCCAGAGCACAAACUACCGAAGACACACCAAUCAACUGCAAUGACAUCUUCAAGCCCUUACCUGGUCAGGAGAAGAACAUCAGAACUGUGAUGACCAAAGGUGUUGCUGGCAUUGGAAAACAGUCCUCAUUCAGGGAACUCUGCUUCCUCUGCACACAUCUGGAUAACCUCACGACCAGCAGCAGCCAGUCAAAUUCCUGCUCAGUGCAUCGAUCAGUGACAGAAGUACGAGGGUUCAAUGACCCACAGAAGGAAGAGUACUUCAGGAAGAGAAUCAGUGAUGAGAGUCAGGCCAGCAGAAUCAUCUCACACAUUAAGGCAUCCAGGAGUCUCCACAUCAUGUGCCACAUUCCAGUCUUCUGUUGGAUUGCAGCCACUGUACUUCAGCAGAUGCUGGACAACACUAAAGACAUUCCCAAAACUCUGACUGAGAUGUUCAUACGCUUCUUGCUCAUCCAGACCAGAAGGAAGGAUCAGAAGUAUCAGAGUGGAACUGAGACAGAUGAAGAGAAACUUCUAAAAUCUCAGAAGGAAAUUUUACUGAAGCUUGGAGAACUGGCUUUCAUUAAUCUAGAGAAUGGCAAUCUGAUGUUUUACGAGGGAGAUCUGAAAGAGUGUGGCAUUGAUGUCAGUGAAGCCUCAGUGUACUCUGGCAUGUGCACUGAAAUCUUCAAGGAAGAAUCUGUGUUUCACCAGAGGAAGGUCUACUGCUUUGUGCACCUGAGCAUCCAGGAGUUUCUGGCAGCUGUGUUUGUGUUUCACUCUUAUGUGACAAGAACCUUGAGGCCCUGAAAUCCCUCCUCAGUGAAGAACAUAAACCCAGUCCUUUUUUAUCAUCUCUUCAAUCAGUUCUGGGCUUACAAUCUCAAGAUCAUCUACAUGUGUUACUUAAGAGUGCAGUGGAUGAGGCUUUGAAGAGCAGGAAUGGACACCUGGAUCUUUUCCUUCGCUUCCUUAUGGGCAUCUCUCUGGAGAGCAAUCAGAGACUUUUGAAAGGUCUACUGAACCAUGAAUACAGCAGCUCAAAGAGCACCAAGGAAAUAUGUCAAUACAUUAAGAAGCUCAACAGGGAAGAUCUCUCUCCUGAACGAUGCAUCAAUCUUUUCCAUUGCUUAUUUGAAAUGAACGAUCAUUCCAUGCACAAAGAAAU